AUGUCGGAGGAGCUCAAGGGCAACGAGCAGUUCAGCCUGCAUGGAGAGAUCAACAAGGGGAUCAGGACAAAGGCCAUCUUCGACGCUGUGGACAAAAUAAGGCAAUCACAGCUGAUGGUGUUCGAGCAGCACAUGAAGAUGGAGAUCCAACCAGGGCCAGACGUAGACUUUGGGUUCAUGGAUGGAUCAGUUGACGUCACUGCCGUUGAAAAGAUGAAGUCGCUGAGCGAGUGGUUCCAUGAGAAGGAGACUAAGAUCAGCGAGCUUGCCAAGCACGUGGAUCGUAUAGGGAGCGAGGUUUCCAAUCUCAACUCAGUGUUCUCAGCGGAGAUAUCGAAGGAGUCCCACAGUACAGACGCACAGUAG